CCCUGCCCAUGUGAACAGUGAGAGCAUGUUGGUACUGUAGCGAGUGCCCAUCCCUCUGAUCGAUAUAAGCCGGGCACCCUACCUACUGUUGCCGACCGCCUCAUUUCAGUGGCUAGCUAGGCGACGUUCAGUCAAGCACUCAAGCUCGAGCUCUCAUGGAACUCCAGCUCUACUACUCCACAUCCCUGCUGCUGCUCCUCCUCCUGCUACCCUCUUCCUCUUCCUCCCACGGCCUGCGCUCUGCCGACGGUACUAGAGCGCUGCAUUACCGGCUCAAGGAUCCGCAUCCACCAAAGGUCGGCGAGGGGGCGGCGGAGUCGCUGAUCGGGUCAAGGCCGCCGCGGUGCGACGGCAAGUGCGCGCCGUGCGGGCGGUGCGAGGCGGUGCAGGUGCCGGUGGCGCCGCGGGUCGACAGCCGCGCGGGCGAGGGCGACGCCGACGAGCCCCGGCGCCGCGGCCGCGACGGGCUGUUGUUGGGCAGCGUCGACGAGGAGAGCUACACCGACUACAAGCCUCUCAACUGGAGGUGCCGGUGCGCGGACCGGCGAGCCCUGGAUCCGUGAUCUGCUCAUCCCCGCCAGCUGCUGAUAGCACGCUGAUGAGUGAUGAGCCCAUGGUCUAGCUAUGCGUUUUGUGUUGCUGGAUGAUCUCUAUCCAUGGCCAAGAUGGUUAAUUGUUUGACAAACCUUCUCGUCACUAUUACUAUUAUUCACUGAGUACCUAGGUUUUGGUAGUGGUAGGCAACUAGGCAUAUAGCUAGGGAAAGAUGCUUGCUUGUAGUUCAGUUUCGGCACUUUGGCUUUGGUGAUCACUCGGUUACGUUCUUCUUAUUACUGCUUCGUGGUAAUUGUUUAGAGCUGUGCUGUGGUGUAAUUAUUUAGAGCAACAUUUCAGUUCUUGAGUAGGGCUCCCUCCAUCUAAAUCUGAUGUUUAAUUAAGUGUUCUUUA